AUGGCCGACUCAGAACCAUUGAAACGGAAACGCGCCCGAAUAGCCUGUGAACCCUGUCGUGACCGCAAAAGAAAAUGCGAUGGCGGUCAACCAUGUGAUUCUUGUCUUCGAUACCAAUACGAGUGUCAAUAUAACAAUUAUUCGGGAUCAAACAAGAAAGCUAGACAUGACAACGAAAAAUCGCCCUUUCCAGCUUUAGCGCAACCAGAAUAUUUGCCCCCUCCUUCAUUAGAAGCAAAUUCUGGUGCAACUUUUGCGAGACAAUUAGCGAUGAAAAUUGAUCCCAACAAUGCGCCAAGAUUGCAUUUAUUCUCUUGGAAUAUUGGGGAAAGGUGCCAUACGGCUGGUUCAGACAGACCUGUGACAUUGUCCAUUGAAGAUGUAUUGAAGUUGGACAUCGUGGAUGAAUUAUCUUCUUUCUAUUUUGAAAAAGUCGACAUCUGCUACAAUUUCAUCGAUCGUUCGAGAUUUUUUCAACGAUGGAGGGUACGACAACUUGUCAUGAAUGAUAAGAAGGCAUUUGAUGCGAUUCUAUUUGGUGUAACAGCACUUGGGAGUCUCUUUUCCAACCGAGUCGCACCUUUGUUAGAAUUGCAGCUUGUUGAGUCUGCGCGGUCAAUCCUCGAUGAAUAUUCCGGAGAUGAACCAACUACAGAGAUAAUUACGGGACAACUUCUAAGAGUUAUUUACUUGAGAAUUACGGCAUCACCGCAUAUCACGUGGAUGUCUAGUUGCACUCUGAUGCAUAUGAUUGAGGCCGCAGGUGUCCAUCUCCCACCAAUCAUGGAUGACCCUUCAGCGCAACCAGCAGUAGAUUCUAACUCGGAGUUACGAUGGAGGCUAGUAGGCGUGGCACAGCAUCUGAAUACAUGGGUAUCCUUCGACCUCGGCCGAUCUAGGGUGGUGCUCCAAGGGGGUGUCCCGUCAGUUCUCCAAUAUAUAAAGCACCAAGACUCGACGAAAGAGCUUCUGAGCCUUUUACCUAUGUCCGAAGCCUUAGAUCCAAGUAAUCAACAAAAUGCGACAAACCUUGAGUCUACGUUUCUACAAGUCCUAGAGAGCAGCCAUAUACAACCGCCAUCAGUAAUGGCCCAGUGCAAUCUCAUGCUCUGCAUCUACCGUCGUCUUCGAGCUCUAAAUUGGACUAUUUCGCCAGAACUUCUGGACAGAGCGCUAGCGUUGAUGAGUAAGGGAUUACGAUGUGCAAGAGACAUGUGCCUGACAAGUUGUCCUUGGCACCACAUGGCAAAUGUACCAUUUCAAAUUAUCUGCACACUCCUCGCCAUCGACAACCGAAGUUCAUUAUCAAGGCUUGGAGAUGCAAUUAAAACUCUUGGCGAUGUGGUAGCUGCAUACGACACGAGUGUCAUGAGGGAAGCAUACAAAACUGCUAGAUUACUAGUUUUACUCUAUCAAAAGCGGAAAGAGGAUGAUGCGAAGACGCUGAGAGAUAUAUUUCAGGCUGAUCCUUUGCCUUCUGUUGAUUCCAUAAUGAAUAAAACCAAUGGCGAAGGACGUCAUGAUGUCAUUUAUAACGAUCCCUGGCUUGAAUCACUAAUCGCGGAUAUACCUGGACUGGAGGAUAUUGAAACACAAUUUUCAAUGCCAAACACGCCGUGGUCGUUCCAAGGAUCAAAUGUUUGA